ACCAGAAUUUGAAAGUAGACCAACCUCUCCAUCACACAAAGAUUGAAACCAAAGUCAAUUCACAUUUAAAUAUAAAAACAGAAGAGAAUUAAUUCACUCUCUCACACAAUUCAUAAAAUAGAGCUUUUUCUGCAAAAAUCAUUAAUAAGUGAUGCAGGUUAUGAGAAGGAUCCCAUCAGGAGAAGGCGCAGAGAUGCGUGAAAGAUCAGAGACGACACGGGUGAGACGUAGGAGUCACGGUUCGGCUCUGAGAGUUCGACAGGCUUGCACGUGUUCGGGACGGCCUGGCUCGUCCAAGUGCGUGAGGCAUGGGUUUAUGGUGCCGAGUGACGGAAGCAGAGAGGUGUUGCGAAGAGCUUUGACGCCUCCGAUCCGGCGGAUGAAUCUCCGGUGGUUGAAUUUCCGACCAACACCUAGCAGACUCUGUAGAAUGUCUUCAGUUUGAUUUUAAAAUUUGGAUACUCUCAUAACUGAGAACUUUUCUUUUUGGUUUGAAUGUAAAUAAAAAGUUGAAAUUUUUGUUGUUCUAGUAAUGUUGGAAAUCCACUAAGAUUGAGAUCCAUUUACAGAUAUCUUGAAACAAACCGACCAAUAACAUUGUUAUAACGCUCUGACUGCCCACGGCUAACAAAAAAUUUUGGACGUAUGACCGUAAAAUUAAAUAAAAUUUAUGAUAUAGUUUGUCAAAUCAAUUUUUAUAAACCUAUCAAUAUACACUACUAUAUAUAACAAAUCGGAAUGUUAUACUUGUACUCUAUUAUGUGGAAGAAAGGGUGUAGAACUUUUGAUAACAGCUUGAUUCACUGUAUUGAGUUUGGCUCUAUCAUAUGCACCGUUGGUUACCUGAGACAACGCGAGAUGC